GGCGCGCGAGCAGAGUUAAUUUCUAAGAUGAAGGCGUUCUUUGCAGGAAAAGCAGGUCUGGGGAUGGCUUUUUAAAGCUGCUCUGUUGGACUGAGCCUUUCUUCUCCUGCCGGGUCUGCCCGUGGCUGUUUUCCUUCUCUUCUUCUGUCCCUCCCCUGCUUGUUCACGCGCUUGGCCUCUCCGAGAGUCUAGUGGACAUGUAGUGCGUCUGACAGAAAAGACACUGGGGGCUGUGUACCAAGACAAGAAACUUUAUGUGCAUUUCUGGACGAGGAACACAGAUAUAUCGGCAGCCGUGGGACCCAGCAGCUAUGUGGUGGGGGAAAAUGCUGCCUCCUUAAGCAGAAGACCUCUCUGGAGCAGGGAUCUCAGAGUUGCUACCUCGUGUGAGCCCCCCAUCCAAGACACGGAAGAGAGAUGGUCAUAAAAUGAGUUCCGGGGUGAGCUGCUGAGUCAGAGGUGGACACAAGGAGACAAAGCCAGCAACUGCAGGACCUCGAGGCUCCUCCUGGGCAGACGCGGCAAGAUGAGCUUAGAAAAUGAGGAUAAGCGGGCUCGUACGCGCUCCAAGGCCCUCCGAGUGCCCCCAGAGCCCACAGGUGCCGACCUCAGCUGCCCCACCCCAGGAUGUACUGGCUCAGGACACAUCCGGGGCAAGUACUCCAGGCACCGCAGUUUGCAGAGCUGCCCCCUGGCCAAGAAGAGGAAGCUGGAGGGGGCCCAGGCCGAGCACCUGGCAUCCACGCGGAAGUCCCACCCCCUGAAGCUGGCUCUGGACGAGGGUUACAGCGUGGACACCGAUGGCAGCGAGGACGCCGAGGUGAAGGACGCCUCUGUUUCAGAUGAAUCGGAAGGAACUCUGGAGGACGAGGCUGAAAUGUCAGGACAGGAGGAGAUUCAUCGUCCUGAGCCAGCUGAAGGAAGGGCCCCUGCCAAGUCCCACUUCGGACCCAAGCCCAUCGGCAGCUCCGCGGGCCCCGCCAAGGGCAGCUACAGCAGCUACCAGGAGAUCAUCGCCACUUCUCUCCUAAACUUGGGCCAAAUUGCUGUAGAGACCCUAGUUGGGGAGGACUUGGGCCAGGUGGCCACGCCGGGCCCAGGUGUUGUGCACCUGGUUCAGGAGGAGGCCGAGGAAGGGGCCACCAGUGACGAGGGGGAGAGGGACGCGUUCCUCCCCCUAGAGGAUGCGGAGGGAGUCGCGGGAGUCGCCAGGGAGCGCUCCCAGGAGCUCUGUCCCCAGGCCGUGGAGGGUGUGGCCAGUGAGGAGUCCCGCAAGAUGAAAGUCGCCCUGGGUGAGGAGGAGGAGGAGGAGGAGGAGGAGGAGGAGGAAGAGGAAGAGGAGGAAGAGGAGGAAGAGGAGGAGGAGGAGGAGGAGGAGGAGGAGGAGGAGGAGGAGGAGGUAGCCGCUCCUGAGGUCAUCUGCCAGGAGGACGCCCCCCUCGCCCCCACCCAGAAGGCCCCCGAACUGCGGCAUCCGGCCUCUCCCAGCCCCAAGCCCGAGUACUCUGUCAUAGUGGAGGUGCACUCUGAUGACGGCAGGGACGAAGACGCGCGCUCCCAGAAGUCUGCGGUCACGGACGAGUCGGAGAUGUACGACAUGAUGACGCGUGGGAACCUGGGCCUCCUGGAGCAGGCUAUUGCCCUGAAGGCUGAGCAGGUACAAGCCGUCUGCGAGCCAGGCUGCCCACCCACCGAGCAGGGCCAGCUGGGCCCCGGUGAGCCUGGGAAGGUGGUGAGGCCCCUGGAUGCUGCCCGGAAGAACUACUGCAGCAAAGAUCCCUCAAGAGCUGAGAAGCGCGAGAUCAAGUGUCCAACACCAGGCUGUGACGGCACUGGCCACGUUACAGGGCUGUACCCUCACCACCGAAGCCUGUCUGGUUGCCCCCACAAGGAUAGGAUCCCCCCGGAGAUCUUGGCUAUGCAUGAGAAUGUGCUCAAGUGCCCGACUCCUGGCUGUACUGGUCAAGGCCACGUGAAUAGCAACCGCAACACGCACAGAAGUUUGUCUGGGUGUCCCAUUGCUGCUGCUGAAAAAUUAGCCAAAUCUCAUGAGAAGCAACAGCCUCAAACGGGAGAUCCUUCCAAGAAUAGCUCCAAUUCAGACAGGAUCCUCAGGCCUAUGUGCUUCGUGAAGCAGCUUGAAGUCCCUCCGUAUGGAAGCUACCGCCCUAGUGUGGCCCCUGCCACACCCAGGGCCAACCUGGCCAAGGAGCUGGAGAAGUUCUCCAAGGUCACCUUUGACUACGCAAGUUUUGACGCUCAGGUUUUUGGCAAACGCAUGCUUGCCCCAAAGAUUCAGACCAGCGAAACCUCACCUAAAGCCUUUAAAUCCAAACCUUUCCCAAAGGCCUCUUCCCCCAGGCACAGCCCCUGCACUUCAUCCUCCUCUGCAGGCUUCGACUACGCGCAUGAUGCCGAGGCUGCACACAUGGCCGCCACAGCCAUCCUGAACCUCUCCACGCGCUGCUGGGAAAUGCCCGAGAACCUCAGCACGAAGCCACAGGACCUGCCCAGCAAGGCUGGGGACAUUGAGGUGGAUGAGAACGGAACCCUAGACUUGAGCAUGCACAAACACCGCAAGCGAGAAAGCGCUUUCCCCAGCAGCAGCAGCCCUGGUGUGAAGUCUCCCGAAGCCUCCCAGCGCCAGAGCAGUACCAGCGCCCCGAGCAGCUCCAUGACCUCGCCCCAGUCCAGCCAGGCUUCCCGCCAGGACGAGUGGGAUCGACCUCUGGACUACACCAAACCCAGCCGCCAACGAGAAGAGGAGCCCGAGGAGUCAGAGCCAGCAGCCCAUUCUUUUGCUUCUUCUGAAGCAGAUGACCAGGAAGUGUCGGAAGAGAGUUUUGAGGAGCGGAAGUAUCCUGGGGAAGUUACCCUGACCAACUUUAAGAUGAAGUUUCUCUCCAAGGACAUAAAGAAGGAGCUGCUCACCUGCCCCACCCCUGGCUGUGAUGGCAGUGGCCACAUCACCGGGAACUAUGCCUCUCACCGCAGCCUCUCUGGUUGCCCUCUUGCUGACAAGAGCCUCAGAAACCUCAUGGCUGCCCAUUCUGCUGACCUCAAGUGCCCCACACCCGGCUGUGACGGCUCUGGCCACAUAACGGGGAACUACGCCUCACACCGAAGCUUGUCAGGCUGCCCUCGUGCCAAGAAAAGUGGAGCCAGGGUGACACCCACCAAGGACGACAAGGAAGACCCCGAGCUGAUGAAGUGCCCUGUUCCAGGCUGUGUGGGGCUUGGUCACAUCAGCGGCAAAUACGCCUCCCACCGAAGUGCAUCUGGCUGCCCACUGGCCGCACGGAGGCAGAAAGAGGGUUCCCUUAAUGGCUCACCCUUUUCCUGGAAAUCUCUGAAGAACGAGGGGCCUACCUGCCCCACUCCAGGCUGUGAUGGCUCUGGCCACGCCAACGGUAGCUUCCUCACUCACAGGAGCUUAUCCGGCUGUCCCAGAGCAACCUUUGCUGGAAAGAAGGGAAAAGUCUCAGGGGAUGAGGUUCUCAGCACGAAGUUCAAGACGAGUGAUGUAUUGGAGAAUGAUGAGGAGAUCAAGCAGCUGAACCAGGAGAUUCGUGACCUGAAUGAGUCCAACUCUGAGAUGGAGGCCGCCAUGGUGCAGCUGCAGUCCCAGAUCUCCUCCAUGGAGAAGAGCCUAAAGAACAUUGAGGAGGAGAACAAGCUCAUCGAGGAGCAGAAUGAAGCCCUGUUUCUGGAGCUGUCGGGCCUGAGCCAGGCCCUCAUCCAAAGUCUUGCCAACAUCCGCCUUCCGCACAUGGAGCCAAUAUGUGAGCAGAAUUUUGAUGCCUACGUGAGCACCCUCACUGACAUGUAUUCCAACCAGGAGUGCUACCAGAACCCCGAGAACAAGGACCUCCUGGAGAGCAUCAAACGGGCUGUGAGGGGCAUCCAGGUCUAGACCUCAUCAUCCAGAAGCCACCCCGCCAAUCGGGACACCUGGGGCACCCCGACUUGGCUCCAUCGUUUACCUCCCUUGCCCUGCCCCCGCAGUGGAGAUUCCCAACUUGCAGUGACUAGUUGGCAGCCCAGGGCGGCCUCAGGUGGGCUUAUCCAAAGGGGUGCCUGGAAAUCCGUGUCUUUCUUGUUGCGCUUGCCAGGCUGGAGGUCUCGACCUCCCCACACAAGUGCAGGGCAAGGCACGGCGUAUUACAAAGUGAUUUAUUUUUGUUUUUUGAAAGAAAUCUGAAGAGCAGCUCAAAGUCUCCAGUGGAAGCUCAUGGACAAGGUUCUCAGGGAAGUUUUGGAGUUUGCAACCACAGUAUUCCUUUGUCUGUCGAGGCUGGGAGGGUAGCCGUGGGCACGGGGCGGGUGGUGCGUGUGACAGUGUCAGCCUGGAGCAUGCACCCCAGGGUGCGCGUCUGCUCGGUGAGGUCAAUGUGGCAAGUGUGUUUUCUGUUUUCAUUUAAUUCAGUUUUGUCUUAAGGAUGGAAUAAAGCACUGUUCCAGAGGGUUAGAAAUAGACCUACAGCCCAUGGUCAACUUGAGGACUCUAACCUGGGAUGCCCCUGGACGUUCCACAUGAAAGCACCUCACACAUCUAGGGGUAGCUGGCACCCCCAGCCUGCACAGGCAUGUACAGCUUGGGGUCAUGCUCCCUCCCUCUUGGGGCUGCAGCCUUCGGAUCCAGGUCUGGGUCAGGGCCAGGGUCUCUGGCUCUCUGUGUGUCCACCCGUGCCUGUGACCUGUCACUGCCGCAUUACCCAGGUCACGGCCGAGCUCGACUGAGGUGGGGACGGCGUCAGCAAGGUCAGGGAAUAAAUUCCUAAUUCGGAGACCACCAAGAUUCAUUUCUUUUUAGAUCCAUUCAAGAUGCGAAAAAAAUUGUAAUAGAAAGUGUUAAACACAAUGUUCCUAACAUGUAAAUAGAGUCCAAAUCGAUUGUGACUACAAUUCCAAGUUAGUAUUUAAACGUAGAGAAAUUGCACUUCCUGGAAGAAAUAAAAAAGUAGUUAGUUUAAUUAUUCUGUAAAUUAUUUAAUUUUGUCAAGAUGUAAGUAUUUAUAUUCGCAACCUCUUAUGUUAACAUUUGCUAUUUAUUUAACAUUUUUAUUUAUUAAUUUUGUACUAUUUCAACUAGACCCCACACCAGGACACCAUGAGAGGGAAAUCAAUGAAAUCAAAGCAAAAUUAAUGAUUGGACUAUGAGAUAGGCCACAAAAAAAAUCUUGCUGUAACUUCUAUAUAUAGAAGUCUUCUUAUAAUUUUGAUGCAACCAACUUAUUUUUUAUAUAUUUUGUUAUUUAUUCUUUUAAUAAUGGAAUUUUUAAAAAAGUAUUUUGUAACUGAGGAAUUUUGAUAAUUUGGGGAUAUUUUUCCCUGGGUCCAAUGGAAAGAAAGACUUUUUGGUUUUCUUUACCCCUUUGGUUCCUUUUGUUUCAGGUAUGGACAACAGCAAAUGGAAUUCUGUAUUUAUUAUUUAUUUACGUGUAGCGCAGAUGUGUGUGCUCUGGCGUGUUUCUCGUGUUGCGUCUGUGUGCUGGUUCUUGAUGGCUGAGUCAUGCUGCUGAGAAGGAGUGCUGGCCACAGGCAGCACCGAGCAGUCCCCACUCACAGGCUCCCUGUCCCUCUGACAGCUCCAAUACUGUGAUCCCCUUCCUCAGGAAACGCGUGGAACCCACAGCACAGCACUUCUCGGUGUGUUUGCAGGGUGAUUUCCUAAUAAAAGUCCACUCUGACUGUG